AUGAAGCGGAAGAGCGAGCGGCGGCCGAGCUGGGCCGCCGCGCCCCCCUGCUCGCGGCGCUGCUCGGCGUCCUCGCAGGGAGUGAAAAAGAGCCGCAGCUCCACGUCGCAGGAACUGCACCGCCUGGACCAGCAUGACGACCUGUACCUGGACAUCACCGAUCGCCUUUGUUUUGCCAUUCUCUACAGCAGACCAAAGAGUUCAUCAAAUGUACAUUAUUUCAGCAUAGAUAAUGAACUUGAAUAUGAGAACUUCUACGCAGAUUUUGGACCACUCAAUCUGGCAAUGGUUUACAGAUAUUGUUGCAAGAUAAAUAAGAAAUUAAAGUCCAUCACAAUGAUGAGGAAGAAAAUUAUUCAUUUUACUGGCUCUGAUCAGAGAAAACAAGCGAAUGCUGCUUUCCUUAUUGGAUGUUAUAUGGUUAUAUAUUUGGGGAGAGCUCCAGAAGAAGCAUAUAGAAUACUAAUGUGUGGAGAUACAUCCUUUAUUCCUUUCAGAGAUGCUGCCUAUGGAAGUUGCAAUUUCUACAUUACACUUCUCGACUGUUUUCAUGCAGUAAAGAAGGCAAUGCAGUAUGACUUCCUUAAUUUCAACUCAUUUAACCUUGAUGAAUAUGAACACUAUGAAAAAGCAGAAAAUGGAGAUUUAAAUUGGAUAAUACCAGACCGAUUUAUUGCCUUCUGUGGACCUCAUUCAAGAACCAGACUUGAAAGUGGGUACCACCAACAUUCUCCAGAGGCUUAUAUUCCAUAUUUUAAGAAUCACAACGUUACUACCAUUAUUCGUCUGAAUAAAAGGAUGUAUGAUGCCAAACGCUUUACGAAGGCUGGUUUCGAUCACUACGAUCUUUUCUUCGCGGAUGGCAGCACCCCUACUGAUGCCAUUGUCAAAGAAUUUCUGGAUAUUUGUGAAAAUGCGGAGGGCACCAUUGCAGUACAUUGUAAAGCUGGCCUUGGACGAACAGGCACUCUGAUAGCUUGCUACAUCAUGAAGCAUUACAGGAUGACAGCAGCUGAGACCAUCGCUUGGGUCAGAAUCUGCAGGCCUGGCUCAGUGAUCGGACCACAGCAACAAUUUUUGGUGAUGAAACAGGCAAGCCUCUGGUUGGACGGUGACUAUUUUCGUCAAAAGUUAAGGGGUCAGGAGAAUGGAAAACACAGAGCAGCUGUCUCAAAACUCCUCUUGGCUGUUGAUGACAUUUCAAUCAAUGGGGUCGAGAAUCAAGACAAGCAAGAACCCGAACUGUACAGUGAUGAUGAUGAAAUCCAUGGAGUGACACAAGGUGAUAGACUACGGGCCCUGAAAAGCAGAAGACAGUCAAAAACAAACGCUAUUCCCCUCACAGUAAUUCUUCAGUCCAGUGUUCAGAGCUGUAAAACAUCUGAACCUAACAUUUCUGGCAGUGCAGGCAUUACUAAAAGAACCACCAGAUCUGCUUCAAGAAAAAGCAGUUUUAAAAGUCCCUCCAUUUCAAGGACUAAAACAGUCUUGCGUUAAGUAAAAACCUGUGACCAGAACUGAAGGAAGACUCUAGGAACAGAAAACUACAGCAGGACUUAGCACAAAUUUAUUUGGAAACAAAACAAAAUUGCAAAAGCCUUAGCUGCUUUCCACCUAAGAAGUUGAUUCAAUGAAGACAAUGUCCACUGGAGUUUAAAUAACUACAUGAGUUUGGGCACAAGCAGUGACUUGAAGAAGGCCCGGCUCUCCUUUGGUAGAAACGUCUCAAGUUUAACGACAAAAAAGCCGUUGUAAGUUUAGUCUCAGGUGUAAAUAUGAAAGCCGUCUGGUGUCGGGAGAGCUGACUCGCUGGUGUGGUGCACGUGUGUCCCUGUGAUGGCAAUCAUUCUAGCUGCUGGCCUUCAGAGGAAGUGAGGAUCUGAUGGAGGUUUUUUACGUAUUUAUUUUCUGUUCACCCUGUGUCGAAAUUUAUAAAGAGAAAACAGGCAUUACUGAAAUGGUACUCUCUGUAAUUUGAUACUAUUUGGUUUAACCAUCUUCACUUUAAUAUUUGUAACGUUGUUGUAACAGUAACUCUGUUAAGUACCCAAGCUGCUUGUCUUCCACCAAAGAGUGCUUUAUUAACAAGAACCUGUGAAAACCCUGUUUGAAGACUGUUGGAUGUUGUGAUACAAAGUGGUACUUUGGCAACCUAAACUGGUAAGACAAUAAGAGUGGUAGCUCUAGAAGACUUGGGAGGGGAAGCUGGCUGCAGAGUUGGAAGAUUGUGGGAAGUCAUUCCUCUUCGUGUCACUGAGGGACUGGAGGAUGCCGAGGCUGCCCACUGUUUGGUUGCCUGGUCAUACAAAUUAAAAUCCUAUUUCCUUCCACACAUGAUUUAAAAACAAAACAAAACAAAACACUGUUGGUGUUUCCCUUGGAAAUAGCCAUCGCAAAUAAUGGUGGCUUUAAAAAAAAAAGGUACUGCUUUAUUAGGGUCUUUCUCUGUAGCAUUGUGGAUUUCUUUUUUUUAUGUGAUCAGCCUAAGACCAUUCACACACCCUUUGAUUUCAGUGACAGUUAUUCGCAUCUGGAUUUCAGUUGUUUGUAAAUAAGAGACUCACUGUUGCCUUUGGUUAGGGAAUACAACUAACUCUUUGCAGAGUGCCUUCACCCCCCACCCUACAGAAACACAGCAGAGUCUGUGAUAUAAAGCAAUCACAAAAAAACCCAAUUUAUUUGCUGCUAAAACAAAAAAAGGGGGGGGGGCCCAAAAUAUAAGAAUAUUUUGCAGUCACUUUGGUUACCUCCAUUAAUAAGAAGUGAAUGGUUUUAGUUAUUGUUAACCAAUUUUUGCCUAUCCUGGUUUGGAGAACGGGUACAAUAUGGAAAGGCUAGAGAAGGCAAAUGCCUUCACAUUACAAGAUGAAUGAGCCAGGUGAGCAGGCAAUUCCAUUUUAAAAAGCCACCUUUUUAACAAAACUAUGAGUGGUAAGAAGCGGUUGGAAUAAACAGAUUAAAGUCUGCUAAUGCAGAAUUCCAGUUAAAGUUACUGGAAGGCCAUGGCUCCAUUUUGAUAUUUGCUCUCUUGGAGUAAAUUAGAAGGUUGACUGGUGGAGAUGGCAGGUGCCACCUUCUUGGUCAGACAAGCGCUCUUCCCCGUCAGGUGUAACGGGUGGGUCGUGCCGGCUUUUAAACACGGGACUAGAUCGCAGAAAAAAAGGUGGUUUUCUAUCCCUGGAAGUGAAGACAUACAAAGACCCACUUCCCCGAUGGGAAGAGCCCUCUUCACUAAGCUCUGGGUGGGAGAAGAAACAUUCCAUCUGCUGUCUAGGAGACAAUACUGAGUAUUCAGACCGUGCCCUUGCAUAAAACAUUGAAUUCUCAGGGCAAUUCUUCUUCCCUUGACAAUUUUAAAGGCCAUCUCCUGCAUAAAUCAUCCAGGUAGUUAUGAAAAUCAAACUUCCAUCUGAACUGUCCCUGGUUUGGCUUUUUAUUACAUCAGAACAAGUUAAAUGUGCUGUCUCCCUCACAGUGAAUAAGCCAUUUGGUGUCUUGGCCAAGAGUGAAAAAUCUGAGCUUCAGUGUUAACCACAGUACUUUUUAUUUUACAAAUUGCCUUUUUGUGUUGGCUGCUCAAGUUUCCAGCUAGCAUUGCUAUUACUGUGGCUCUUUCUAAAAAAUCUUCGUGUUUAACAGGCCCACUGAAAUGAGUCAUAGGAAACUAGUGAUUUGAUAAAGAAGCGUUCCGUGGACCGCACCAGGGAGUUGGGAGGGUGCCUUUCAGGUGGGUUUGAUAGCACACCAGUCAACUUCCUGGGGGCACAUGUAGAAUCCAGGAAGUCUCUGGGUCUGACUGAUGGAAAGCUCUUCCUGCUAUGAAUAAGAGUGGACUCUUUUCUUCCCCAACGGAAACUUCACCACACCCAGAAUCUUCUGAGAUUCUAACUUCCUUGUCCAAGAGAGACCCUGUUGCUAGGGAAUAUGAAAUAGGGCACGUCAGAUGGAGAGAUUCCUUUAAACUUAAGAGCCUUAAAUAGCUUUGAAAGGACACCGAGACGGUUUCCAUUGGGAUUAAAAUUAGAAGUGAAUAUUUUUAGGUGUUCUCGAAGCUUUUGGUGGGGGACUCACGUCCAAAGUCAGAGACAGUCCAAAGGAAGGGUGUCCGCAAAGCUGGGUAUCUAGAAGUAUAGACAGACUUCUGUUUUGUAAUGCUGAAGAAAAACUAGACCCUCUCUUAGCUGUCGGUGCAGAGGGGUAAGACCUGAGCAGUGCCUCACUAAAACAAGCAGCCUUCCUUGUCCGAGUAGCUGCUUCUAGGCGGCACGCUGCUCUUCUGUUCUAACCUUGGCCCCAUUAGCCUGUCACCCACCCACUCCCUCUCGUCCCUCCUCCCCUCUCACAGGGGUGACUUCUACCUCUUUUCUUGGGCCCAGACAUUUUUUAGAGGAGUUCCCAAGUGUUCUCCUGAGGCAAAUGUGCUUGCCUUUGGAGCCUGAUGGCCGGUUCGGCGUACCCCGUGGACCACAGGCGUUCUGGGUGGUGUUGCGCCAAGAGCUCCUGGAGGCUUUCCUUUGCUUGAAUCACCGCCAUUCAUGACAAAUGAGCAAUGCGCUCUUUUGAUGUUUGUUCUAAAAGUAGCUUAACUGUUUCUCUUCAUACAUUUUUAAAAGUAAUUAUUGCAUUUUGGAAAGCAGUGCUCAUCAAAGACAACUUUAAAAACCUAUUUUAAUUCUUUAAUAGUUCUCUCCUGCUAAAACUGUCCUGGUAAGGCUAGCUGCUGCUUUUCCAUUUCUCCUCAAUCUGAGUAUUCCUCGUGUCGCUAAGUGGAAAUACUACAGAUACGUUUAAAAGACUGGACAGUCCACCUAUACUGUGUAGGAAAUUACCUCCUUAACUGCCCAGUAGAAUUAACUGUCAGCAGCAGAUAAGUUCAUCUGAUUAUAGUACUGCAGUUUUAUAUUAAUAAUUUGCAGACUUUUAUCUAACCUGCACUCAUGUACAGAUUAUUAAAAGUUUUAAAAUGUAACUGAUUAAUCAGUAUUUGAUCAAUCAUUGUCUUGAUUUUUUUAUUAAAAUGUAUAUUUCUAAUCAUAUUUUAUAAAAGCCAAGAGAACUGGUUGAAUGAAUGUUUAUUUUCCUGAAGGUAUUUUUAAGAUAAAGCUUCAUAAUGGCCUGUAAACUUUGCAUAUCUAUGUAGUUUGAUAUGUAUUGUUGAGUUUGAAAAUCUUGUGUAUUGUAACUGGUUUUAUACAAAAUAUUAAAUAGUGAAAAUUGUAUAAUUAUAAUCAUAUAAUUAAAAGUAUUAACCAAA